UAUUGACAGUUGUAUCUACUUGUUUAUUAUCUUAAAGUUUUGUUUAUAAUUUAAAAUAAUUCAAAUUUUAAAUCGCAAUAAUCAAUAAUUAGUAAUUAUUACUGGUUCCUAAAUCGUUAGUGGUCACAAUUGAUUGAUUAAGCAAUGACAAGCAUGAACUUUAUCGUAUCAUAUUAUUAUAGUUAACGCCUAUUUUUAAAACUGCCUUCGCCAAGUUGGAUUCAGCAUCUCUGUUUUCAGUUUUCACAACGAACAAAUCCAGGAGCAAAGUUGCACUGAGGUACAGAGCAACAAUGAUGCGCGCGAAGGGUUAAGUGUUUUACGAAAAUAAAGGCUACAGAACCGGCACAAUGACUCAGAUGGAAUUCAGUGGUGGCCGAGCUUCGUCGGAAUCAGAAAUACAAUCCUAAUUAUAAUCGCACGCAUCCGUCGGGCUCUUCAAUCGGUUGCUAACGUCCAUCCCUGGCGAUACAAUACUUCAGUGAUGUCUCUUCUUAAGUUACCCGUCAACAAGAUGGCCGACAAUAUACCAGCUAUAUCGUACAAGACAUUGGAUGAGAAGGACUUGAGAUUAGUUCACCUAAUACGAGAAUCAAAAAUGCUAAACAAGGAUAUAGACACACCCAAAGUAAAGUACUGGAAUUGUUUUGGAAAUUUACUGAGAUUAAGUCCUGGUGAGUGCAGAAGGCGUUGGAAUUCAAUAUUAAUGUCUUAUUUAAAUUUAAAAGAGGCUAUUUCUCAAGGAGCGAAGAUCAACUCACCUCUUUUAAAUGGACUUCUAGAUUUUUUGGAUGAAUCAAAAUUAUAUAGUUAUAAAGAUUAUCAAAUUGAUCUUGCUACCAUGUUUAAAAACCAACAACAGGUAACUAAUUAUACGGUAACAUUGGAAAUGAUUGAGGAUAUAUUGAAAGAUAGAAAUGAUUGUAAUUCUUAUAUAGACCCAGACGACGUCGAAGUAAACAAAAUGUUACAUAUGGUAAACAAUAGAUUGAGGGAAGUGUUGUAUUUUUCUGAACAUUCAACAACUACGAAAGCCAUGACAGAAAACGUAAAACAAAUACAACCGAGUACAAUGUUAAAAAAUGAUGACCUAGUAAUGUGCACAGAACUGACUAAUACUGAUAAUGAUAGCAGCGCGUUGUUGAAUAAUGACACCAAUAAUUGGACAAUAUUUAUGAACUCUACAGAUCAAACAGACACACGUGAAUUAUUGAGCUGUUCCAAAAUUGAAGCGUCGCAUGCAGUAUGCGUUAAAAGCACAAUGUCAGCAAACAAUAUGAGAUCCAUACCGACCUAUAAAGUUGAUAAAAAAGAAGGAAGUCAAGACUCACGACUACUAGUUCAUAAUUGCAAUAAUAGAAAUACUAAAGAUUUUUUUAAAGAAUUGGGGGACUACGUUUAUAGGAAUAUUUCUGAGAAGAAACAAAUGGAAUUACGUUUGAAAAUUUGUUCCUUGGUAUCUGCAGAGUUGAAUUUAUAGAUUUAUUAUAGUCACAGUUACUUAUUAGUGAGCUUAUAAUUGAUGUAAUGUUAUUUUCUGCUUAUUUUAGUAUUAAGAUGAGAUUUUUUCUACAU